CUUAUGGGCCAAGGCUGUGAAGGGCAGGCGGGGCGACGCGGAGGGGCCGGGCGCUAGAGGCCCGCACACAGCGCGGCGGUCCCCGGCAGGAGACGCGGCCUGGCGGGCCGGGACGGCGGCGCCGGGCGCCUACGCGCGGUGCUCUGGGAGUUGUAGGCACUUUCCUCUUCUCUCUCCUUCACCUGCUGGCUCUCGAAACCCAAGGACCUACCGGUGGGUGGGCGCCUGUGACUCCCAGGCUGCGAACGCCGGGAACUCAGUUUCUUCAAAAAUGUCGGAACCAGGACUGCUCCUGGGGGUCCUCGCGCCCUCGCAGAAGGACUACGGACCCCGGCGACCCCGGGGGCGGGGCUUCUGGCGCGCUGCCUUGUGGGCGCGGUAGUUCCGCCAGGCCCGGCUUCCGCCUGCCGAGCGUCCCGGGACAGCGGGGCGGACUACAUUUCCCGUCGGCCCGCCUGCUCUCCCGAUGCCGCCUUGGCGCGAGACGUUGGCAAGCGGAGUGUCUCCAAGAUGGCCGCUUGGGGAAGGAGGCGUCUUGGCCCGGGCAGCAGUGGCGGCAGCGCCCGAGAGAGGGAACCAACAGUGUUUGUAAUGAAGAACAUCAGACUCUGAGCUGUAACCUGAAUUCUUGUCCAAAAUUCAGCACACUGGCAACGAGCACAUCAAACAGAUUGCCACUUGUCCUGUCGGCGUCUUUGAGACACACUUGCCCAUCUAGGAAAGCACAGUGCAGGUAUCUGUGUUCUGCCACCGUGUGCCAGCCCGGACCAGCUCACAGACAGCCCCGCCUGUCUUGCUUGGGUUGCUUGACUUCACUCUCUCAGGGCCCCUGAACCUCCCUGAGCCCUCCGUGAUUGUUGGAAUGGUGAGCUUGUCGGCCACAGACUGCUACAUUGUCCACGAGAUCUACAAUGGGGAGAAUGCCCAGGACCAGUUUGAGUACGAGCUGGAGCAGGCCCUGGAAGCCCAGUACAAGUACAUUGUGAUUGAGCCCACGCGCAUCGGCGACGAGACGGCCCGCUGGAUCACCGUGGGCAACUGCCUGCACAAGACGGCCGUGCUGGCGGGCACCGCCUGCCUCUUCACCCCGUUGGCGCUGCCCUUAGAUUAUUCCCACUACAUCUCCCUGCCCGCUGGUGUGCUGAGCCUGGCCUGCUGCACCCUCUAUGGGAUCUCCUGGCAGUUUGACCCUUGCUGCAAGUACCAAGUGGAGUACGACGCCUAUAAACUGUCGCGCCUGCCUCUGCACACACUCACCUCCUCCACCCCAGUGGUGCUGGUCCGGAAGGACGACCUGCACAGAAAGAGACUGCACAACACGAUAGCACUGGCCGCCCUGGUGUACUGUGUAAAGAAGAUUUACGAACUCUAUGCCGUAUGAUCUCAGUAGAACAGGGAGCGAAGCAAAAACCGCCUGGCCCACAAGAGACAACAGAGUCUUCAGAUCGCCACAGUCACGUUUCUCACUCUGUGAGGCGGCAGAGCCUGGGAAGGUGUUUGGCUUAAUAUUUGUUAUUUUUAAAAAAUAACAGAUCAUGGGUGUCCCCAGGGUUUUUCAGCUCAUUACACUAAGAUGUGGAUUUCCAUAACCCAAGAAGGGGGGUCUGAGGCUGUGGAAGUCCGAUGGGGCAGUGGAACGCUGAUGGAGGCAGACGCUGCUGAGGGGGUGUGGACGUGCUUUGGGGGAGGUCUUUAAGUCUAUUGUUUAACUGUACCAUCCAGAGCCCACCAGAAGCUAUUGACCAUUAAAAUUAUGAGAAUUUCAA